ACUUAAUUUUGAUUUAUUUAUUGUGUUGCGACGAAUUUAUAUCAGAAAGGAACGGCAUGAAAACAACUUUAUGUUUAAAUUUCCCGCUUUCAUACUUCCGGUAUGCUUACAAUUUUAAAUAACUCCUGAAUUGCGCUAAGCGAUCUUCAUUAAAUUAUUUGUGCUGUGUUAUUUGAAAUUUUGGCGGUAAAUGUCUAGACGGGAAGUGUGAUACAGCGGUGUUGAUGAUGACUUUGCUAAUAGAAAUUUGACUUUAUUCUUCGGCAUUUGUGAAUAGCAGUGACUAACAACAUGAAACGCUUCACUGAACAGCUGGGAGUGAGUGAUGUUUAGCUUAAAAUCAAUAUCAUUCUGAUCGUGUUGUGUAUUCUAUAUAUAACGCAAUGCCGCCAGAGCGUGCCACUGUGAGUGAUGGUGUUUGUUGUGGUGGGAUCGUGGUGGAGAAAUGUGUGCAAACGACUAUUUGAAUGAUUGAUGUGAAUUAUGCAUGGUUAAGACGCUAUUUACGUGUCACACAGAAGCUACAGUAGAUAAAGAGUAUAUUUUAGAAACAAUUUUAUUUCUUGAGCCGUUAUUUUCUGUGUCAUGAAAGCUUCAUACGGGCGGUUGUAAUUGACCUAUUCUCUUGCGGGUCAGUUUGGCCAUACGAUGUAAUGGAAGUAGGGAUGCCUGUGCAACUAUUACGGUAUGAAUAAUGUAAAAUUGUUAGUCACACAAAAUGCGCACUUUGGAAUAUUUAUUAUGUAACCUACGUCGAACUGGCGUGUGUAAACAGCUUGGUUAUUUUCUGUGUUGAAAGUCUGUGUUUACAUGAAGGAAUGUUAUCAACUUCCAAAACAGACAGGCAGAAGGAAAAAGAAGGUCGAAGUCAGAAAUGCAGUGGUGCCAAACCUUUACUGAACAAGAAAUUCUACUUGGAUCUAAAAAAUCACAUUGCUUCAAGUAACCUCGAACAGAAACUGAAGUCACUAGGAGCAACAGUUGAAUGGUUUCUGGUAAAGGAAGUGAACUAUGUAGUGACAGAUCGGCCACAUUGGACCAGUGCUGGCACAGCUGCAAGUGGUGGCUCUGUUAGUGGCAGCACACCAAAAUAUGGUGCUAUUCCAUCAUCUUCCUUGACUCCUCUCGGUGGGCAGUGUUCCAACGAAUCUCCAGCCACACUUGACUCACCAGGAGAUGGAUUGAGAAGGGGGGGAAAGAAGAGAUCUAAGACUCGAGCGGAGGCAAUGCUGGAGAGGGCCAAGCUACAGCCACAACAAUGCACAGUUGAUCCACUAGAUAAUGCUGCUCGCUGGAGUAUUCCCAUAUGGCCUCUAGAGAAAAUUCUCAGGUGGUUGGAUAAAAUUUGUGAGAAAUAUUUGAAAAGAUCAUCAUCUUGUGAUAAAAUAAAAUUAUCUUCCACUGGAUUAAGGGCACCUUUUAUUAAGAUUGAAAGCAUUAACAGGAAUUCCAGGCCAUUGUAUAAGGAACUGUCAGUGUGGCCAACUAUUAACUUGGACUUUGAACCAGGAGGUUGUGCAUUCAGUCCUCCUAAAGUGUCAGAUAAGAAAGACCGAUGUACAGGAAAACAAACAGAAGAAGGAAAAGAAGCAAAUGAUGCAGCACGGUCCACAAAACAUCCUUUGGAGACCCCAAGAAUGACUCGUAAGGCUCGGAGUCGUUUUCAGCGAGGGAAUGAUGCGGCAGUAGCGUUACGGAACUCUGCCAUUGUGUCUGGCUACUGUGAAAUAUGUCAGUUAACCUACGCAGAUCAGAACAGACAUGUACAAAGUGAUCACCAUGUACAAGUUGUAGGCAACAAGAACAGCUUUAACUCACUGGAUCAGCUCAUCAGUCAAGGGCCAGCGAUGGACACUUUCCUUAAGCUUAAUGGAGCAAACCAAAUGAGCCCUUGCCCAGCCGAGUUGAGUGGCAACAGUCGCCGUUCUAUGCGCAGCAUAGUGAAGCUGCAUUCUCUUUCGCUUGAUACCUCAACAACCAUCUCCUCCCCUGUUGUCUGGAAAGGAAAUGAACUGCUUUCUCCAACAUCAAAGAAGCCAUCUCCAGUCUCCAACAUAAACGGACAUCAUGCCACUCGUUCAGCCUCAGGUGUGAAGUCUUCUCUUGAAGAAAAAAGUAAAAUGUUGCUUCAGCAGAAGGAGAGCUUAGAGGUACAGUGCAAUGGCAUCUGGAGCCACUGCUAUGGCACAAGGCAUGGUGGAAUGAAAGGCCCUAUCUCUGGGAACGUUGUGCGACGUGAGCAGUGGGAGUUGCAAGGAGGAGGUGGCAGCAGACCCCAGCGAGUGAGGCGAGCAUCCGCUUCAUUCUGUAGUAGCUCCUCUCCUUCCCUGCAGCAGCAACAGCAGCAGCUGUCUCCAACAUGUAGUGACUCAGGUCAUCACCUGCGCUCACGUGGGCAACUAUGGCUGCCCAGUAGCCUGCUGGGAACAACUGCAGAAGAUGAGGGCAAUCCUGCACGGACCCGCCUGGGCCACACUUCUGCUGAUCCACAACCUGCCCGUACCUCUCGCGACAUCCCUCUCGCUAGUAAUGAAGACAAAUCCAAGACAGGUCCAGUUGUUAAGGAGGAGACAAAACCUUUGUUGUGCCAGGGUGGAAAUGGUCAGGUGAUUAGAAGGAAACGUUUAUCUGUGGAGGAAAAAUUAAUAGAGGACAAUAAAGCAUAUUACAAGAUAGAGUUAAAGAACAGUAAGCUGCGAUCAAGUGGUUAUUUCCCAAUCCAAAGAGAUAUUGAGAUGCCUAUGAAAACAGAAGUGAAAGAAGAGAAGGUGGAAUCAAAUUUUAUUCAGAAAUCUUCGAAUGACUUAAAGUGUAAUGGGGAACAGGGUCGAGAAGGAACUAAGAUGGAAGAAAUAGUUUCUGUGAAAUUUCAGAGGGUAAGGAGAAGUGAACUUACAUUACUAAGUGAUGAAGCAGAAAGCUUCAUGUUUGGCGAACCAGUACGACAUGACAGCCCUACUGAAUCAUCCGAGGAAGAGGAAGAGGAAGAAGGCAAACGUAAGUUUAAUAAAAAUUUUAAGAAGGAAAGUGUGUUUGAUGAGACCAGUGGAAAGCGGGCGAGUGACUACAAAAAGAAUGCAAAGGAAGAUGAAGGUGGCACAGGAGAGCAUCCAAACACCACACAUGUAGUGCAUUUGAAGAUUGAUGGUGAAGAUGGGAAUGCAUGUAACAUGUUGCAAUGUGAUGAGAGUUCAGUGUGCUCCAUGGACACCUGCAGUCUGGCCAGCAGUUGCGAUACCAAUGGCGCAACUAGGCGAAAGAGGAAGAGACGCACUCACGCCGAAGCCUUCAUACAUGACAAUUUGGAUUAUUACAAAUUUGAAAUACCUGGUUCUCGACUUCGUUUUCAAGGAAGCAUACUUCCCCCAAGUGUGGCUCCUGUUGAAGUAAAGGCUGUCUCUAACAACAAAGAUAAUAGUGGAAACAGGCUUGCAGGUAGUGCAUCAAGUUGCUCAAAGCUGGAAUUGGUUUCUAAAGGGGGCAAAGCCACUUUGGAAUGUGCACUGUUACAUUCCAAAGUUGUAACAUGUAGCAAUGAAGUAACAAAUGAGAAGCAGAAAAUAGUUCAUACCCAAGAAGAAUCCAAACAGAAGGUUGUUGAAGAAAAUGAAAGUAAGAAUGGCAAGAAACUGGAGAAAGGGGAUGACAGGAAGAAGGAAGAACGCGAUGAAUCAAAUGUAAGAGAGGCGAUGGAAAGUGAGUUGCCGUCAACUAUGGAGAAACUACAUUUUUCAUUUGAAGUUGUUCCACAAAGUGAGCCCUGGUAUCAGACGUACACACGGCAAGAUGAAGGGGAAGAAUUCUAUGCUUAUUCCUGUAUGAGUGACUCCUGUUACUGGAAACCAUUUCUUUUACCUUAUGAAUUGCCUUCAUCAGAAGGUCUUGCAUCUGGCAGUGGUUGCUCAGGAGGUGUAGCUGGACCUUCUGGUUUAAUGAGGAGAAGACGUAACAGAUUUGCUCACUUGCUAGACAAAAAGCCUAGGAAGUCUCCCAGAUGUCAUGCUUCAACUUUGGCAAUUUUGUCAAGUUUAAUGCAUCACAGAAGAAGGAAAGAGCCAGGCAGGCCCAAAGAAGAGACACAGAAAUCUGAAACUGCUUUUAACAAUUCUGCUGAAGAAGACAAUACCAGUAGAGAUGCACCCAGUGUCAGUAUAGAUGCACCUUUCACUUGUCCUGAGGUGGCACUGUCAGUCAGAUCUGUUUCAGUAGUACCAGCAGUAAAUUCAGACUUCAAGUCAGAAUCAGAUGCAGACCUUCACGAGAUUGCAAGAAACAUCGACAGAAUGUUAACUUUGGGGAGUGAAGGGGAAGAAGUCAGUGGCAGUGACAUUGAUGCAAGUGGUGAUGAAUUAAAACAGGAAACAUCUGUAUCCCAGAAACUUACAGAUAAUAAGAACCGUAAACCACACAUUGGGAAGAAAAAUGUUUAUCAGCAUCAAAAUAGAAAGUGUCCUUCUAAAGCAAAGAAGUUAGAGUUACACUUGAGUAAACAGAAUGAACAUUUGGAAAUAGAUCCCAUGGUGCUAGAUGAGCUAAGUGUCGAACAAUUUGUAGUGAGCUCAGUUGAACAUGAUGAACAUCGUUGCCGUGGCGGGCCUAAAAUGGAUGUUGUAACUCUCCUAGAUGAGUUUUCCACAUGUCGAUGCAUGGACGAGCCUCCAGUAUUAAACAAGGACCCUGUAGGAUGCUUGACUAAUCCAUCACUUCUGGGUGAAUCAUCAUGCAAUAGUUCGGAAUGUGGAGCUUCAUCGACGUGUGAGACUGUAACAUUUUCAGAUGGCCCUGAAGGAAGGAUCGUGCGAAUACAUGGAAGGAAGAGGAAACGUAAGAAAAAUCUUACAGGUUGGCCAGCAGAAAAACAGAGAGGAAAAAGAAGGCUAGUAAAUAAACUAAAUAGGGUUGAUGAGAGAGUUUUGUCUGGUGACGAUGCACACGGGAAGUUUGUGAAUGUGUCAGAUAAAUUGCACUCUUCAGCUGAGGAAAAAAUUGUUAUUGCAAGUGAAGUGAUUAAGGGUGGUUGUGAUAGGGUCAAGAUAGGAACAGUUGAAACAGUUGGGUGUCAUAAUGAAUUUGAUGAAAAGUCUGAUAGAGUGGGGGAUUGUAAGGAAUGUGAUGGGGGUAAAGUGGUUAAGAAUUCUGCUAGUGAACCUUCAGUUAUCCAAGAAAAGCAUGUGUCUAUUGUAUCAAGGACAGACAGUUUGGAAUCAAGUGGUGGACACAGCUCAUUGGAGUUCCAGCCGUGCGUCAGGGUCACCAAGAUACCCGAUAUCGCUGGUGUUAUGGUAGCCAGUUUGCCAAUCUCAUCUUCUUCCUCGUCAUACUUGGUUGCUGGAAUCUCCAACAAUCGUCGAUUACGAAGCUCUUCUCUGUCUUCCUCGUCGCCUGGCACUUCUGUUCCUGUUUCAAAAAGGAGUCCGUCACUAUCAAAUGAUGGCUUCAAAAGGCUUGGGCCUUCUCCUUCCAAGAGAAGAGCAUCUCCACGCAAAUGUAUACCCCGUUCAGGCAUGCAGUGGAGCAUGUGGUCUGCACGGAAACGGAGGUGAUCUUGACAUGCCAUCCCCUACAAAUCAUUCUUUGUGUUCAUUUUUUAAAAUAUGUCAUUAAAUUAUAUAUAUAUAUAAAUAAAAAUAGGGCAUAAAGAAAGGUGAACAAACAGGUUUGAAAUGAACUGAAUAGAGGAAACAUAAACCACAUUGCAUGUAGGAGCAUAUGGCAUGACGUAUUGCAUUAUGCAACUCCCAACAUUCGCCUUGCAGCAAAGAGUUUAAAAUGUUUGAUAAAUGUUGACAUGCUGUUGUAUCCUGAUAGCUUGUUUCUUUGAAUUAUUAACAGAUCAUUUUACAUAUUGAAAUGCUCAUGAUUGCAUCUGAAAUGGUGAGUAUGGAUCCAAUUUGAUUUUUUUUAAAAAAAAAAAACAUUGAAGUAUAUUAUGUACUGUUCAGGUCUCAUCUUUACAGGCAUAUAAGCUAGAGAAAUGUUUGGAAGAACGUGUUAUUCGAAAGAUUUAGUGGUACCUCUCACACCAUUGGAUGCUGAUAUAUUUUCUUCAAAAUUGGUUGCAUCUUAGUUGCCGUUCUAUAUAAAUCUGGUAAUGGUGAAAGUGAAUUUUUGUUUUUAUUACUGCCAGCAGCAUACAUAUUGCAUGUCGCAUGUGGUUGUGUUAUUGUGUAAAUUAUUCCAUAAUGGAAAUUUCAUAUGGGGCCAUAAUGUGAAAUCCCAAAGAGAAUAUGAACAUUUUCCUACAUUUUGGUGCCUUGUGGUAAUAUUAUUCACUCUUUAGGAGCCUGGGCCAUUCACAUAGUUUCAUUCAUCUUUUAAAUAAUGAAAGUAAAAUCAGCUGGAUGAUGUUAUACCUUGUAAGUUUUAGAACAGAACUGUGCAUGUUUAUUUUUAUAUUUUAUUGUGAUAUUAAUCCGACACACAAAAUGGCUUUGGUUUCGGCUAGAUCAUCGUCUCGCAGACUUUCACAGUGUGAGGUGUUUCGUUUCAUCUUUCGAGUCUGUCGCACAUUGUUACAUCGGACAGUCUGCCUGUGCUACAUACCAUCCCUUUCCUAAUCAGGAUUUUGAGAAAUGUCUCCCUAUCUCUCACACAACUUUUCAAAAAAUAAAACUCUAUAUUGAAAUCAUGCUGCUUUCCCAUCACAUUCGGUUUGAAUUAGAAUUUGGAAGGCAGUUUCACAUGUUAUCUGAUAACCAACUCUGAAAUGGUGUAUUCUGAAGUGAAGCAUAAAUCCAGUGUACUGAUAAUGUAUUAAUAUAAUGAAUACGUUAAUAUUCAGCCAGUGUGUUACUACAUGCAGGCCCCAGUUUGAGUCUUUCAUUACUGUAGCGUGGAUAAAUAGAAAACAGUUCCUGUUGCUAGAAUUCCCAGCAGUACCACAUGCUACACUACGUUAUAAUCAGCUAUUAUUCGGGCUCUACAGUAGAUUAGGAAAGACACUAAGAAUGGCUACUCUUCAGCACUUGUAUUUUCCUUUCGUUAAUUUAUUUUUCCCGUGUUCUUGUUUAUUAAAUAAUUUUGGAUUUUGUUCAAAAUUUCAAUAUAAAAUAUUUUAAUGCCAGAAAGUACCUAUGAUAUUUCAGUUAUUUUGUUGUAACAACUAGUAUUUCAGGGUGUGUUUACUGGAAACUAGCCACAGUGCAAAUUGGGUGCUAGGUGUAAUUUGUGUUUCUUGCUGAUAAAUGUAAUGUAUUAAAUUUCAGGUGUGUUUGCAUUCAAUUUAAGUGCCUUUUGUUGAUGGCAUAUUUAACACAUCUGAUUUCGAAUUUUUUUCUUUAAUUAUGACUGGUUUAUCAUUAAUUGCCGAACCCUGUCCAGUUUAGUUCUGUUAAUAUUUUCAUUCCCAAUUUCUCUUGUAGCUAUUUUAUUGUUUUCAUCCACAUGAAUAAUUCAUUGACACUGACAAACUCUUAAAUAAGCUCUCUUGUGUAUCAUCCUUUCAUUUUGUUUCCUUUCUACAUGUCAUCCUUCAAUAAUUAGGCAUAUUAAUUGUUUACAGUCUUAAGAAUGUAAUUCAUGUCUGUUGCUAAAAGAUCCCAUAUUUUUAGGAUGUAACAGGCUUUUUUUCGCAAAAAGAAUUCUAGAAAUUUGUUCUAGUUCAGUGUCUAUAAAUUUAGCAUGAAACGAAUGAGGUGGCAUUGCAUAAAAUACCUCUCUGUAGACUUAUAAAGUCAGUGUUAUGAAGCCUGCAAAUGAAAGAGACUCACCAAAGAAGCAAUGAACAGAUUAGUCAAAAAGUGUGCAGUGUGAUGCAUCUUCACACUGUAAAUCAUGAAAAUUGUUCUUAUUUCUUCUGCAGAAUAACCAACAUUUCUGUAUUCUGAAGCCUUUCAAAUUUAUUUAAGUCUUCACAGGAUAGUAUUAACAGUGGGUAUCACUAACUAAACACUCAUAGUCGGUAUGUCACUCACAAAAUGUCUGUAUUGGUUUAUUUUGGUUCCCAGAAUUCACAGUGUUUUCACUGUCAUUUUGUUGUUGGUAAUGAAGGCUUGAUGCAGUUUUUUGGAGGUGGGAACUGAAGUUUUUAAUAUUGUAUGUGAACUUUGCCCAGUGAAUUUUUUUAGAUAUGCUGUGCACAAGAAUCGCAAAUAUUUUUACUAAUAACAUUUGUUUAUUUAUUAAGAAAUAUUUUUGUUUACUUUGUCCCAUUAUCAUUAACUUUGAAAUCAUCUGAAACAGUAACAAAAAUGGCUGUCUUCUGCAUUGUAGUCUGGUAGCAGUUUACCAGUGAUUCCUGGUGAUGGAGGCAGCAAGGACCUUUGAAACAUUGGUAAAUGUCUACUAUACUACAUGGUGCUACAACCCAGAAGAUAGCCAUAUUUGUACUUACGCCAUGAAAAGAUCAAAUCAACAUUGUGGUGUGAUUGCUGUUGCAACUGGUAAAUUACUUUUAAUGUUUGUCUUCAUUCUGACGGUAAAGUUUGUGGUGGUUAUGGAAGAAUAUUUAGCUAGAAUAGCUGCAGAGUCUAGUGCCACUAUUAGUACAAACUUAACAAAACUGACUUAUUUCAAUUCAUGUAAGUUUUAGUGAAUCAGAAACAUUUGAAAUAUUAACUUUAUUUGUGGUAGAAACUUAUAGUUAUUGAAACCAAAGAACCUGGUGUCAUGUCUAAUUGUAAAUAGUUCCUAAGGGGCUUUCAGAAGUUACCUCAGUUAGUUGAAUUUUAUCAUUUGAAGUGUAUAGACACUUUUUGUGCAUGAAGAAGUUGGUGUUGGCUUCAGUUUAUAUUUUAAUUUUAUUUAUACAUUUUCCAGAUUUGAAUAUUUUAUGUCUUAAUUUCUGUAUUUUCUCUAAAUUUGAAUACUCAAACAUUAGUAAUUUGCUGGUUGUAUGGUGAUUAAUUUUAAUUACCUGCCGUGUUCCCCAACAACUUUCAUGGUAUUGUAGUGUGGGCAAAAUGUUUCCUCUGUUCUGUUUGCUUUACAGUCAUUGUUCCAUAAAUUAUAUUUACACAUAUAACAUGAUUGUUUGCAAAUGUAAUUAUUAUUAUUUUGUAAUUACACAAUCAUCUUUUAAUGUAUUUCCAAAACAAUAUUUUAUAAGUUAAUAAUGUAAUUUGUAUUGAAAAAAGAGUUUCUAUUAAUCAUAUUUCUGCUGUUAUAUUUUUACCUCCUACAGUUUUAUUUUCUCUUAUCUGCUAUACUGAACCUAAUUUAACAUGUAAACGGGAAGUGUAUCGUAGGUUCUCCGAGAUGUAAUAUUGUAAGUUUAUAUAGUGUAAAUAUUGCAACCAACUUCCCUCUCCUGUCUCCAGUGCAAAAUUAUACCAUCCAGUGUGACAGAUGUAUUGUAUUGUAGUUAGUAUUAUGUCAUGAUUCAUUUCAAAAUGAAAUUAAUAUUUGUACUUUAAAUAUUAUUUAAUUACAUAGACUGGUAAUGUCUGUACAAGGAAAAUUGUUUACAAACUGGAAAUGAUAUAUUCAUUACAAAAUUUCUUCUAAUAGAAGAUUUUACUUUCA